GUUGCAGGUUGUGGCAUGCUUGCAGCCAUCACUUACUGAUUCAUCUCCUUACCUUUCCCACGAUGAUUCCCACUUUCCAAACUCUUCUCUCUCUGUUCACUUUCAUCAUCUUCGUCUCUGGAUGUCUCCCCAGUGAGAGAUCAACACUUCUCCAACUAAAGAAAGGUUUCUCUUUCCCUACGCUGGAAUCUUGGCAGCCAGACACGAACUGCUGUCAAUGGAGCGGCAUCCUUUGUGAUGGUGGUUCGGGUAGUGUCGUUCAUCUCGACCUCAACUCUCAAAAUUUAUCGGGUAGUAUUUAUCCAAGCCUCUUCAAUCUCUCCUCUUUACGUGUUCUCAAUCUUGCCUUCAACCUGUUUUAUGGGAAUCCAAUUCCAAGUUUUGGAUGGGAAAAACUUGGGAAUCUCACACAUCUGAAUCUUUCAAACUCGGGAUUCCAAGGGCAAGUCCCUAUUGGCAUAUCUCGUCUCAACAAUUUGGAUUCUUUGGAUCUGUCUUCGUAUAGAGAUUCAUUGCUCGAGCUUAGAGACCCUGAUCUCGGAGCGCUUCUCCAAGGGCUUAGUAAUCUGAAGGUGCUCUAUCUUGAUGGUGUGAACAUCUCUGCAAGUGGAGAGGAAUGGUGUGGAGCUUUGGCUAAAUCGACUCCCGAACUUCAAGAGCUGAGCUUGGAAGCCUGUUUACUCACUGGCGGCAUUGGAAUUUCCUUAUCCAAGCUUCGGUCUUUGUCCGUUAUUGACCUUGAAGGGAACAGUUUGAACACCAUUGUGCCUGAUUUCUUCGUUAAUUUUACUUCGUUAUCUGUGCUUCGGCUAGGUUACUGCGGGCUUGAAGGUUUUUUCCACAAAGACAUAUUUCAGCUGAAGAAUUUGACAAUUAUUGAUGUCUCCAUUAAUCCAAUGCUUUCUGGAUCCCUCCCAGAUUUCACCAUGGACAGCACUCUAGAAAGUUUGGUGCUUUCUCACUCAAAUUUUUCUGGGGUUUUACCUGAAACCAUUGGCAAUCUCAAGUUUUUGAAAAUACUAGAUCUUUCAAACUGUCAUUUCUACGGGAAAAUACCAUCUUCAAUUUGGAACUUAACUCAGCUGAUGAUUUUGUACCUCUCCUCCAAUAAUUUCACAGGUCUGAUUCCUCCUUUUCAGUCAUCUUCAUCUGUUGUUGAGAUAAUGCUCACAGAGAAUCAAAAAUCAUGUUCAAUACCUACUUGUUAUGGAGGGAGAGGUCUUCAAAAUCUUAUCAUACUUAAUCUAUCAAAUAACUCACUUUCUGGACCAAUUCCCAAAACUCUAUUUAAUCUACCUCAAUUGCAGAAAUUGUUGCUUUUCCAAAACAAGCUCUCUGGCAAACUUCCUGAGUUUUCUAAUGCCUCUUUACUGAAAGAUAUUGAACUCAACAAUAAUAAGCUCCAAGGAAAGAUCCCAAUGUCACUUUUUUGGCUGUCCGAACUAACGUUUCUCUCACUUGCUAAUAAUAACUUCAAAGGAUUUUUCCAGCUGAACUCCAUCCCAUUUCUGAAGAACUUGUCAUAUCUUGAUUUAUCUGAUAGUGGAUUGUCUUGUCUUGAAGAAGAUGACGACUCUUCCUUUUCUUCAUUUCCCAAGAUAGCUACUUUGAAAUUGGGAGGAUGCAAUCUAACCAAGAUACCACUUUUCUUGGUGUUCCAAGAUCAGAUUAACGCACUGGAUCUCUCACACAACAGUAUUACUGGUAAUAUACCUAUUUGGAUUUGGAGUGUUGGAAAUGGAAACCUCAACUACUUGAACCUCUCUUGCAACUUAUUCACUUUUGUUGAAGAGACUUCUUUUAAUUUUUCCCCUUCUUUUUCAAUGGUGCUUGAUCUCCACUCAAACAAACUGCAAGGACCAAUCCCUCUUCCCUCACCUAAUACCAUUGUUCUUGAUUACUCAGAUAACAAAUUAUCAUCUUACAUCCCUAACAACCUUUCCUUCUACUUGAAAUUCGCUGUGUUUCUAUCCCUUGCAAGAAACAAUCUCAGUGGAGAAAUCCCCAAUUCACUCUGCAAUGCAACCUCUCUCUCUGUUCUUGACUUAUCCAACAAUGCUUUAACAGGUUCUAUUCCACCAUGCCUUAUGGGAAAUGGAAUGGACCUACAUGUUCUGAAUCUUGGAAGCAAUCAGCUUCAAGGAUCCAUCCCUCCAGAAAUUAGAGAAAAAUGUAAUUUUCAAACAAUAAAUUUCAACAGCAACUACUUGGAGGGCCAACUUCCUCAUUCUCUUGUCAAUUGUCAUGCACUUGAAGUUUUAGACUUGGGGAACAAUGAGUUGGUAGACACGUUUCCUAAUUGGUUGGGAAAUAUUUCCUCACUUCUUAUUUUGAUUUUGUGUUCCAACAAAUUAUAUGGUCCAUUCAGCCUUCCAUCAAACAACCAAGGAAAAAUACUCUUCUUUCAAGAGCUACAGAUCUUAGAUAUCUCUUCUAAUAAUUUCAAUGGUAGUUUGUGCAUAGAAUGUUUUAGCAACUUUAAAGCUAUGAUGAGAAUUAACAAAGAUUCGGGGCAAUCAGCUAUUGGCUUUAACUAUUUUAAGUUCAGCACAAAAAUCUAUCAAGAUUCGAUAACUAUCACGAUCAAAGGACUCUCAAUGAAUUUGCGAAAGAUUCUGAGUAUCUACAAAUCCAUCGAUUUCUCAAAUAAUAAUUUUGAUGGAGAGAUCCCUACAGUGAUUGGAAACCUUGUUUCUCUAUACCUGCUAAACAUGUCAGGAAAUGCUUUAACAGGUCCAAUUCCUCAUCAGCUCGGCAAUUUGACACAACUCGAGUCAUUAUUCUUUAGAAAAAUUCAAAUAUAA